GUUACUUUGGAGGGGCAAUUUCAUGACGGUGGAGUAUGAACCGCUGUGUGCCCGGAACCCAGAGGCCGACGAGCCGAUUUCGGUAGUGGACGAAAUGCUGUAUCACCUGCGACUGGCAGCUCCCCUGGUGUUCGUUCACCUGAUGGACUACUUGCCUGGAGUUACGAGCAUCUACUUGGUGGGCCAGUUGCCCAACGUUGCGGAUGUGGACACAAACAUGAAUGCCGCGGCACUUUCCACGUCGUUCCUCAACAUGACAUCGACGUCGCUUGGCAUGGGCCUCUGUUCCGCUGUCGGCAUUUUGUGUGCCCAGGCCUAUGGCGCUGGGAAUACAAAGCAAUUUAACGCCUACUUGCACGCAGCCACGCUUGGUAUCCUGGUGGCCAUGAUUCCUGUGGUUUUCGUGACGUGGCACUCGGACAACGUGUUUGCCUUUAUGGGUCACAAUCCCACGACGUGUGCGAAAGCGGCCACAUUCACCAUCCUGUCGUCGUUGGGUCUGCCAUUCUUUUUCGCGUUCGAGAUCCUUCGUAAGAUGUUGCAAGCCCACAGUUCAGUGGACGGCAUGGCCGUGAUUUCGAUGGCGGCCAACGUCGUUCACGUCACCGUGGGGUACUACUUAACCCAGCACACAACAUGGGGUUUCUACGGCGCCGCCGUCGGCCGCAGCAUCUCGAACGUGUCGCUGAUUGUCGGCACAGCCGUCUACUUUCACCUUGAACCGACGUACAAAACGUGGGGCUUGCAAUGGCAACCUUCGCUGGCGCGUGCCCACUUGAUGGAGUUCUUCCGCUUUGGCUUACCAGGCAUGGUCAUGUUCUGGGUCGAGUUUGGGUCCCUUUGGCUGCUCUCGUUCCUCGCCGCAAAGCUCCCCCGCCCAUACAUCCAAACCCGUGUCAACACGAUCCUGUGCCAUGUGCUGUCAAUGAUGUACGUGGUGUACCUUGGCAUUGCCACGGCCUCGAUGGUUCGCGUGGGCAACCUCCUUGGCGCCAAUUGCCCCCAUCACGCGAAAACCAUCAUGCGGCUCUCGUUUGUGCUGGUUGCGGCUUGUUUGACGUUUACAAUAAUGUUCAUUGCGUCCACUCGACACCUCAUUGCGGCUGCCUUUUUUGCCCAACCAGAUGUCGUCGAGGCUGCCAGCGAUGCCCUGUUGUUCAUUUUACCCUUACACGCCCUCAAUGCAUUCAACACCAAUGCCCAAGGCGUCUUCCGCGGCAUGGGGCGACCAGGGGUCGGUGCUCUUGUCAACUUUUGCUCCGUUUUCUUGGUGGGGCUGCCCUCGGCCGCGGCGGUGGGACUGUACUGGCGACGCGAUGUAACUGGAUUGUGGGAAGGUCAAACGAUGGGGGCGACCGCGUCGUUGGUUGUGUUUGCCAUCAUCCUGCAGCGAAUUCAGUGGGCUCGCUUGGCUACGGCCGCCAAAAUUCGCAGCGAAGCGUAGUUGUCUGGUUGAUGUUACUAGGAAAUGUGUUAAAAGUGAAAUAGCAGUAUUAUGCUUACAAUUAAUGACAUCGGUUACAUAUGAAAC